AUGCAUAGUACAACUAUUUUAACAUUAUUUCUUGUCAUUUUUGUGACAACAACAACAAGUACCCAUAGAAUAGUUUAUGUUGAUAAUAGAUCAACAAAUUCAUCAACAAUAGCUCCUUGUGGUUCAUCACCAAACGUUUCAGAAGCAUGUCCAUCACUUGGAAGUGCCAUUCAAAGCUUUUUGAAUACACCAAACACCAUAGGACAAGUUACAUUCAACUUUACGAGCCAAUCACCAGGUUUAGAUACAAGCAUCUUUAUGUUUACCAUUUCUACUGAAUCUGAAUAUCCAGGACCACAAUCAUCAUUUUACAUCAACAAAAUCAACUUUAUCAAUGUAUUUAGAGUGUUUUAUAUAUCAAACUAUAUUCAAACAUUAAAUAUUUCUGUUGCCUAUUCAUCAUUCGAUUAUACAGCAUUUGGUGGAGGUUUACUUUCAAUAGUUAGUUCUCCAAUACUCUAUAAUUUGGAUUGUACUCUCGACAUCACCAAUACCACCUUCAAUAAUAUUACUUUUAUUGAUGAAGAAAAGUAUGGUAUUUUGGUUAAUACCUAUAUCCAGAUAUCAGAUUCCAAAUUGGUAACAGAGAUAGACAAUCCAAAUUCUACAUACUCCAAUUUGCUACAGCUUCUCAUUGGAACACUUUUAAUGAAAAAUGUUUAUGUAAUCACCAAUAUACCAUUAGUUCAGUUCAAUGAUACCUUAUUCGGCUCAAUAGAAUUGAUAGAUAGUAGUUUUGUCAGUGUUGGUGAUAGUCUCAAACUAUUACACAUAUUGGCUGGAUCAACAAAUGUGACUAACUGUAACUUUACGAAUAGUAAUAUUAGCUUUGGAAAUCCUUUACAUAGAAUCACAAAUUGUCUUUUUGAAGGAUCAACAUUUGACAACAGUCAAUUUUACUCAGAAGAUGCAAAUUGUAACUUUUCCAAUCCAAUAUUCAGAAAUAACAAUGGUACUGAUAUUGUUUGUAUAGACGGAUGGUACGAUGAAGAUAUUUUGAUAGAAUUUUCAAAUUUAGAUGAUACCAACCUACCGACUAUUUCAAACUCUGGUUGCACAAUUAAAGGAUUUCCACCCAGAAAGAAAAGGAACUUACCUGCAUGGGCAAUAUCAAUCAUUGUAGUUGGUGGUGUACUUCUGGUCGUUUUAUCAAUAACCUCCGUUGGUUUUUCAAAUAAAAAAGUAGAGAGAGUCGAACAUAACUAA